AUGACGAGACAGAAAGUGAAAAUGGUUUUCAUAGAAAACGACUCAGCAAGAAAAUCAACAUUCAAGAAAAGAAAGAAGGGAAUCCUGAAGAAGGCCCACGAGUUAGCAACUCUCUGUGACGUCCCGAUCGGGAUAGUCAUCGGAAGUCCGUACGACUCGACCCCGGAGGUGUGGCCAACGAGGGAAUCGAUGGACAAGGUGCUGUCCCAGUGGAAGGCGAUGUCGGCGAUGGACAAGUCCAAGAAGAUGAUGAACCAAGAGUCCUUUCUCCGACAGAGGAUCAACAAGGCAACCGAGUCCCGUAGGAAGCUGUGUAAAGAGAACAGAGAGCUGGAGAUGAAAGAGGUCAUGUUCGAUUGUCUCAAAGGCAACACUUCUCCUUCUCGUGUUGACCCGAGGAAUCUUCGAGAUUUGGGUGGUAUCAUUGAACAGCAUCUCAAAGAUAUUAACCGUAGGAUCGAUAUUCUUAAGAAGAACGAUGAGCCGUCUUCCUCCUCUGUUCUUGCUCUUGCUACUCCAACAGCACCUUAUGUUAUGCCUAGGGUUGAGAUGCCGUCUUCCUCUUCUGCGGUUGGAUUUUACGAUAAGAUCCGAGAACAAAUUGAAACUAGUAUGAAUAAGGAGGCCAUGAAGAAGGACUUGGAUUUGAAUCAGAAGCAGUGUUGA